AUGGAGACAGAGAGAAGGAAUCCUUUGCUUGCAAGAGCAUUCGAUCUGAACCACAGGAAAACACGGCGUCUUGCCGUCGAAAUGGCUGGGAAUAAUUGGGACGACGAAAUUAUGCCCUUCCGCGAGGCCCUCAUCAACGUCGGAAAGCACUGGCAAGAGAUGGGGAUCCAGGUUAAUUGUCCUUAUCACUUCACCGAGGAAGAGUUAAAAAGCCAUGCUGUAGAUGCGGAGGCUUGGAAUGAGGUUCAUGAUUUUUUCGAUGGCAUUCAGGGCCUUGUGAAAAGGGAUGGCUGGACCCAUCCCGAAACAUUCGAUGCUGCCUUUAAUUUCUUCUCUGACCUCCGGAAAGUAGGCCUCAAGCGCAUGAAAGGCCAAGAAAAGGAGAUUUUCGACAAACAGACCAGUUGGGCGAAAUUCAAAGUUGAGACUCUGGACCCACUAGGCUGGCUCAUGUCACAUAGAAUGGCUUAA